AUGGCGAAGACUAUCAACGUCAGCGAGACUGAAAAUGUCUCUUACAGCCAAUUUGCCUGUAUUGGUUCUGGGUUUGCAGCCAUUGGCCUAGGGGCAACGCUGAAACGAUGGUAUGGAAUCGAAGACGUAAAGUUCUUUGAACGGCAUAGCCAGCUAGGUGGAACUUGGUUCAUUAAUCGAUACCCGGGAUGCGCUUGCGACGUCCCCAGCGCGCUGUACAGCUUCUCCUUCGAGCCCAACCCCCACUGGACGCGAGUCCUACCGACCUACUCUGAGAUAUGGGAGUACCUCAACAACAUAGCCCACAAGUACAACCUCAUCCGCAACAUGUCGUUCGACGUGCUGGUCGAGCGCUGCGAGUGGAUCGAGGAACGCGCCCGCUGGCGCCUCUCGAUCCGCCACCUCAAGUCGGGCGCCACCUUUUUCCACGAGUGCCAGUUCCUCUUCGCCGGCACGGGCGCGCUGGUCACACCCAACGACAUUGACGUGCCCGGCGCGGACACCUUCAAGGGCGUAAUCGAGCAUACCGGCCGGUGGCGUCCGGAUAUCGAGCUCGAGGGGAAGAAGGUCGUCCUUUUUGGCAACGGGUGCACCGCCGCGCAGGUCGUUCCGAAUAUCGUCCACAAGACAAAGUCGCUGACGCAGAUUGUGCGAUCGAAGCACUGGAUCUUCCCGCCUAUUGAUAGGAAGGUGCCCGACGUGAUUCGGUCCGGGCUCAGGACCGUACCCGGCCUGACGCGUCUUCUGCGCUUCAUCGUCUUCGCUGCGGCGGAGAGCUCGUUCCAGGGGUUCCCGUUGACGGAGGCGGCGGGGAAGUACAGGGCCGGGCAGAAGAAGAUUGCGGAGGAGUAUAUGCGGUCUACGGCGCCGGCCAAGUACCACGACUUGCUGGUUCCGGAGUUCGAGAUUGGGUGCAAGCGGCGCAUCUUCGAUUCCGGGUACCUGAAGAGCCUGCACGCCGAGAAUUUGACGUUGACGAACGAGAAGGCGCUGGAGAUUGUGCCCGAGGGCGUCAGGACGGCAAAGGGGCUCAUUGAGGCCGAUGUGAUUAUCCUGGCCAACGGAUACCACACGAAUGAGUUUGUUGCUGGAGUCAAUGUCAUUGGGCGAGACGGCGAGACGAUCCCGAGCCAUUGGAAGUCGUUUGGCGGGCCUGAGGGAUACAACUGUUCGAUGAUGAACAACUUUCCCAAUUUUGUCAUGAUUAUGGGCCCCAACGCUGCGACGGGACACACCUCGUCCAUCAUGGCCCUAGAAAACUCCAUCAACUACGCCCUGCGCGUCUUCAAGCCCGCGCUGGAAGGUAGAGCGAGCAUCGCGGAGAUCAAGCGCGAAGCCGAGGAGACCUACACCGAUACCAUCCAGGACGCCCUGCAGCACAGGGUGUGGAACUCGGGAUGCAGCAGCUGGUACUUUCAAAAAUCGGCGGACGGCACCAAGACGUGGAACGCCAUGAGUUACCCCUAUACGCAGGGCUACUUUUGGUAUCGCUGCCUGUUCCCAGUGUGGUCGGACUGGGAGUAUAGCGUGAGUAGACCAAGGAGCAUGGCAAUAACUGCCUGGAUGAAUAGCGAAGCUGACUUGAUUUUUACGUUACAGGGACAAACUAGUUCGGUCUCGUCGAUCAAGAAGAGGCAGCCGCGGGGUUUGCUUUUCUUCCUGACUACGUUGCUUGGUCUCGCGGCCUGGGGUACUUUUGACAAGACGGGAUUCACUGCAGCUGUGGCUCACGCUCAGAUUUCGUUCAAUGCCCUUGUUUCCUCCAUUCCCAAGUAGAUCAUCGUCAUCAUCAUAAUGUAUUUCCUCAAACUGCCAGCGGCUAAAUCGUUGCAAGGGUGUUCAGUGUCUCGCUCUGAGUUCAUCUGAGAGCUGUAUACAAAAUAGUCUAGCCAAGUUGUCCCACAACCUUUGAUACUCACAUGAGAAUAAAC